CGUCGCGCGCCAGUCCCUCCAACAGAGAGCAGAAAGGGCUGAACAUCAGCGCGGCCAUUUUCUCCCAAGCUGGAGUUCUAUGGCCAAAAUGGGCUUCCUUUGUUUCUAAAGGGAUCUAAAGCUUGAUUUCAUCAUCAUUCCUCAUCUUUAUGGACUAUUGAACACAUUACAGUGUUUCUGUGUACAGGAUUUCAGAAGAAGGAAGAUGAAAUGUUGGAUCAUAUCCCUUUGAUAUUUUUAAGCUUCUGUGCUUUUUUCCUCUUCUCUUCCUGGAAUCCAUCUUUGUCCUACCAAACUAGGUCAUGGCACACCCAUAUAAAUAGUAUUUUAUUUCUAAAGUUAAAAUGCUACUAAAUAAAACAGCUUGUAACUGGUUAUAUAACUGCUUGAAACAAUAUGACAAAUACACAUGAAAGAUCUGAGGCCCUACACUGUGCAAGGCCAAGUAUGAAUGUGCCUUUAAGUAAGUUUAUCUUUAUUGUCUUUGUUUAGUGUUGUAUAUUAUUUAUUACUACUACUUAUUAUUAUUAUUAUUAAACUUGGAUUUUUAUUUCCUUUUUAUAUGAUCACUCAGGAUUCAUGGCACUAGUUUUGUGAGCUUUUCUUUUCUUUAUAUUCACUCGCAUGCCUGGUUUCUGGGGCUCUUUUUGUUUUUUAGAUCCAUUUCAAAUUGAUUGCUUCUCACAUUUCAGAAACAAGCCAGGCCAGAGAGAGAGAGACAGAAAGAAAGAAAAAGGACGAUUGGCCUUUUGCAUAAAAAUGCUGAAUCACAGGUAUGAUGUGGUUGUUGGUAUGAAGCCAUAAAUAUCUGUAACAAAAACAGACCACAAUGUCCUUGAUAUGCCAAUAGAUUUAUAAAGGAUCAUCAAACCUAUAAGUAAUACUCAUCAGGGCAAGUCAUUGAAAAAAAAAAAAUUAUUAAUCUGUUAUUAAACUCACAAACCUCUUUCCAUAGACAGUUUCACUAACUAGGCACUAUAAUGUAGUCUAAACCUAUUUGACCUUGUGUCAAGGACAUAUAUUUUUUGCUUGUCUGUGGAGUUUUAAUCUCCUAACAGCAUAUUGCUCAGAUUUCUCCUUCUCUCUUCUCUUCCCUGUCACUCCAAAACACACAGUCAGUAAAGCUCUAGUGGAGAUAUUUACCUUAACACUGGCUUGGAAUAAUUUUAUCAGGCCUAAACGCAGAAGAAAGAGGGACGUUUUCAUUCCCAUCGCCGGAUCCUUUAACACAGGGCUUUUACAGGGGGGUCGGCUUGCGACGCCUCAGAGCAACAAAACCAGAAUAACCCAUCUUUUCUGCCUGAUGGUGCUUUUUUUUAUUUAAGAAAAUGAAAUCCAGCAUAAUUUAAGAGCGCAGCCUCUGAGGAGUGAAACUGAUGGAAAUUCUUGGGGCUGAUUUUUGUUAAGAGCCUUUAUGCAAACCAUCCCCCUCAUUUUCUUGCUGAAGACAGGAUGAAGGAGAAAAAAAUGCAUGAGCUCUUCAUUUCUCAGAGACAGACAGAGAUUUCAUCAGCUUUUAUUAAGACGUACGCUCCAUCAGUGUUUGAAAAGUACAUGACGACAGUGAAACAUGGUGGGAAAGAGAUUCAGCUGAACCUGUACGACACAGCAGGUCAGGAUGAUUAUGACCGGUUGAGACCGCUCUCCUAUCAGGAUGCGAAUCUCAUCCUCGUGUGUUAUGAUGUUACAAACCCGACCAGCUAUGAGAACGUGUUAAUUAAGUGGUAUCCAGAGGUGAAUCAUUUCUGCCGUGAUGUCCCCGUGAUUCUGAUCGGCUGUAAGACAGAUUUAAGAAAGGACAAAGAGAAGAUGAGGAAACUGAGAGCGCUUGACCUUGAACCAAUCACAUACACUCGGGGAGAGGAGACCCAGAGGCAGAUGAAUGCUACGCUCUACCUAGAAUGUUCAGCUAAACACCGUGAGAAUGUCGAGGACGUUUUUAAAGAAGCCACUAGGCUGGCAUUGGAUCACAGUCGUAAGUCACGGCAAGUCCGUAAGAAGCGGAGGAAGUGCCAUAUAAUGUAAGAACACGAGAAGCACAAUGUUUAUUUAGCUUUAGGGUUCUUUUUUUUUUUUUAGUUUUUUACAAUCUGAAUGAAUGACUGUACUGUACAAAGACUCACGGAAUUGAAAUACAUUAUUAUUGUUGUAAUGCAUUGUUAUUCUAUUGUAUUACAUGGUUUAUUAUAAUGGAGAAUGUAAGAAGAUAUGCUGCUAUUGGCGUAUUAGAAUAUUAAAUGUAUAUUGUGUCUUUUAUAUUCUGCUGAAUGUUCAGCCUUACACACGACUGUAAAUGCAAUGCUCUUGAAAACUCAUCACAAAACAAAUACAUUUAACGUCUGGUGUUUUCUAGCUUACAUUAUGAUCAGACGAUCACGUUCAUUCUGAGGAUGUUGUUGACUGACUGUUUUUUCCUCUUCUUACAUUUAAUAACUUCGUCAUAACAGCUAGCACUGUUUACAGUGAUCACACCAUGGCGCGUACCCAAUACUGAGAAAGCACUUUAUCCUAAUGGCUCAGUGCAAUCAGCAAAACUUAUUUGUGAUUUCAUUUCUUGAAACAAACCAUCAGCCGGUCCUCUUUGGACCUAACAAACAGAUCACCUCCCCCCCCCCAAUUUCCCCAAAUUGAGCAACCAAGGGGAAGUGGAAGAGAUGAGGGAACAUAGUACAGGUUGAGCAGGUUAAUUUGGUGCUGUUUCAUUCUGGCAGAGGUGGUGCAGUGUUGAGUCACUCACUGCAGUAACAUUAAACACUGCCUCCACAUUGCACUGGUACAUGUUUUUUUUAAUGGAUAUUUAGAUCCACAGCCCCCUCUAGUGGAUAAUUACUGCAUCUGACCAAUCAGAAACCAGUAUUACAUCAUGUGACUUCACCUCCACCAUCCAACCCUCCUGGAUUGAAACCCUGCCCAAAACAUUGAUCAUUUACAACCUAAAAAACUUGAGAAUUGGUCAUGAUUAUCAUCUUCUGAAUCAUACAGUACCAGCGAAAAGUUUCGACACACCUUCUAAUUCAGUGUUUUUCUUCCUUUUUCCUUAUUAAAUAAAGGACGCUUCAUGUCUUAAAAUAA